AAAAAAAGAUGGCGCUAGUUUCUGUCUGUGGGAGCAGAGCGUGUGCUUUAACCCUCGCUGAGUCUUAACGAGAGCUUCAGAGAAGACUGCGGUCCACCGAGACUGGGAUGGUUUCACAGAGAACAAAGGAUGUGGAGUGAUGGAGUGGCUUACGCUUCAGAGAAAAACCAGGUAGGGACCGUCAGCAAGUGUUCGUGAAAUACUUGAUAACUGAUACAGAAUUUAAAUAAAAAAAAAACAACAACAACUUGUUGUUGAGUUCGAGAGAUGCAGCUGUGAAAUGUCUGGUUUCCUGCACCUUAAAACCCAAACCUCACUUCUCCCUGUUAUCAGUUAUCACACACACCGCAGUGAGAAACUAUUUUAGUUUUAACCUCCGGUCAUUUGUUCAGUCUUGAAGCAAAGUGUUCACUGCAAGUUUACUGAAUCUAAAUUCAUACAUUUAAUGGUACUUAUUUUUAAUUGUUUAUUCAUUCUCUGACUUUUUUAAGACGAUGUUGAUUUUUUAAAUAUACAAUGCACACAAUAUCAAUAUUUCCCGGUUUUCAGGCAGAAGCCGGAGCACCAGCGGUGGCUCUGCCCUUUAGGAACACUCGACCGUUCAAGUGUCUCCUGGUCGUCAUCACUAUCUUCAUCAUUAUCUUCAUCGUGGCUGGAGCCGUACUGAUCUGGUACUUUGUUGAGUACAGGAUCUGGGUUCAGGAGCCCCGUGUUGAGCAGCAGUAUGCGGCCUACAUGUCCAUCCUCAACAGAAACUUCUCUGCCGACCUGUCUUCGCCCGACAGCACGUUGUUCAAGACGGAGGCCGAAGGCAUAAAGACGGUGGUGGAGAAGAUAAUGAAGGACUCAGGUCUGUCACGAUACUUUAACUACACCACCGUCUUCGCCUUUGGCAGUGGCAGCUUGGUGGCGCACUUCUGGAUAGUGAUGUCCGUGCCAAGCAGCCAUGUUGGGAGGGUCACACUAAUUAAGAUCACCUCCAGCCUGGAGAAGGGCCUGAAGGGGUCGAGAGGGUCAGGAGAAGAGCAGAUGGUCAGCUCUAAUGGAUACCUCUUCUACCUGCCCUCGCUGUCGGUCAGCGACUGUUACCGCUACCAGGAGGUGGCGCCCGGGGGCCCCGUGGCUUUACUUGGCCCCGAUCCGCAGCACUCUUCCUGCCUGUGGCACCUGCAGACGGCUGCCGGUUCACAGCUGGAGCUCCACAUGGAGUGGCUGCUGCCCCAGUGCCAGGACAGGCUGGCGGUGUACGACUCUCUCUCUCCGUCAGAGUCUCAGCUCAUCACAUCUGUGACCGGCUGCAGCAGACACGAGCGUCAGGUCAGCGUCCUGUCCUCCGGCCAGUGGAUGGCAGUAGUUUGGAGGAGGGGUCUUUACUACCCCCAGAACACAUUCCUGUUGUCGGCUCAGGCCUGGGAGCGAAAGAACUGUAGCGCCACCAUAUGGCUGAAGGCAGUGGCAGGGAUCCAGGGGACACUGAAGACGCCCUUUUACCCCAGUUACUACCCCCCGGACACUAACUGCACCUGGAGUUUUACCAUACCAGGUGAGGGUUCGGGCCUGACGCUGCAGUUUGAAGGUUACCAGCUGAGUGAGGCCAGCAACAACCAGGCCUGUACCCAGGGAGAGUGGACGGUCCAGGACAGGAGACUGUGCGGCUCCAGGAGUCUGCAGCCCUACAGCCAACGACUCUUCCUGACGUCUACGUCAGCCACCGUGGUCAUGACCUCGGAGGUGUCGCUCACGGGGCCGGGCCUUCAGCUCCACUACAGCCUGUUCAACCUGUCAGACCCCUGCCCAGGUCAGUCUCUGUGCACAGUCAAUGGUCAGUGCGUACCUUCCUGCGAUGGCAUCAACGACUGUCCCGAUGGACUUGACGAGACAAACUGUGUGUGUGUAGCCCAGUACCAGUGUCCAGGCGACACUCAGUGUGUGGACUACAGCAGUGUGUGUGACCAACAGCCAGACUGCCCUGACGCCACCGACGAGAUGAACUGCACCGAGGGUGUGCAGUGUUCUGACAUGACAUAUGUGUGUGCAGACGGCACUUGUCUGAAGAAGUCAAACCCAGAGUGUGACACCGUCAUCGACUGUCCAGACGCCUCCGAUGAAGACGACUGUGACUGCGGUCUGAGGCAUGUGUUCGCUCGUAUCGUUGGCGGCACCAAUGCCUCGGAGGGCGAGUGGCCGUGGCAGGUCAGCCUGCAGGUUCGGGGCGGCCACGUCUGUGGUGGAGCGCUGAUCUCUAGCCAGUGGGUGGUGUCAGCUGCCCACUGUUUCUACGAGGACCGCCUCUUCUCUCCAUCGAUGUGGACGGUCUACUUGGGAAAACUCCUCCUGAAGCCCAGUGCUCCCACGGAGGAGAUGGCCCUGGUCCAGCAGAUCCACAUCCACCAGUACUACAACAAUGAAACCUACGACUAUGACCUGGCCCUGCUGAAGCUGACCCGCCCGGCCACCGCGCUGCAGACCAAACGGGCUACACCCAUCUGCCUCCCCCAAUCAAGCCACCAGGUGGAGCCAGGCAUGCUCUGUUGGGUCACAGGUUGGGGGGCACUGCGUGAAGGGGGAAAGGCCAGUAACGUCCUCCAGAAAGUGGACGUUCUCCUGGUCAGUGAGGAUGAUUGUGCCAAGUCGUACGGCCAAAUGCUAACUCCCAGAAUGCUCUGCGCUGGUUACCAAAGUGGAAAGAAAGAUGCCUGCCAGGGAGACUCUGGUGGGCCCCUGGUUUGCCAGGAGCCGUCAGGUCGCUGGUUUCUGGCCGGGGUGGUCAGCUGGGGCAGCGGCUGUGGGCGUCCAGGCUUAUAUGGCGUCUACUCUCGCAUCACCAGACUCAGCGACUGGAUCAACAAAGUCAUCGGCAGCAACUGAGUCCACCCCCCCCCCGUCAUGUGAUCAUCCACCUUCUCUUCUAUGAAUUAUCAAGACACUAACUGCAGUGCCCCUCCGUCAGUCUACCUACCACAAGGUCAGAAAAUGAUGAUACCCAAGUCCAAGGCCAUUCAACCCACAACCACAAAAUCUCAAGGAACUCAUUUCCUGUGUAUUUGUCUGAUAAACAACAGCUCAGAUGGAUUUCCUGUUUAUUUAUUUAUUAUAAACCUUGAUCCCGAUGUUUGGUGACAGUCAUCAGACUAUAAUUACACUGUAUUUAUACAGCCCACAUCAGGAAGGAAAACCAAAGCCCACUUUGCUAAAAAAGUCAUUUACUCAGUCUUUAACUGGUUUAAAUCUGUGGAUUUAAGUCCAUUUUAUUUCUAUCAUCGCUAUAAAAUCAGAUUUUUUAAUUUUAAUUUUAUUUAUGUAAACCCUUGCUCUUGGAACAUUUCACCCAUACCGCGCUAAACAGCAAGUUACUAUUAGUUUACCUACAAUACCUGAACGACAUCUCCCUCUUGUGGAGAAACGCGCACCUGCAGCCAAGGAAUCUAACCUCUGAUUUCACCUGACGUUCAGGCAGAUUCUGGUGUAAAAUUUGUGUCAUUUCUUACGUCUGUUGACCUCUGAUUUUUCACCAUAUUUUCCUCUAUCUAUGCAGCAGAGAAAACACUAAAUCCUAUCAUCAAAUUCUUAUAUUUCUGUGUCAGUCUUUCUGCCAAAUUUUCUGCUUGAGAGAGAGUUUCUUUUUGCAUCAAGUCGACUGAGGCCAAAAAUGUUUUAAUGUCAGAUUAACCUCUAAAAAAAUACGUCAAUUUUACAUUUUUGGGCAACCAUCCCGUCUUUAUCCAUCAGAUUUAUGUCCCUUCACAGGAGGAAAGGUAAUGUGAGCGCCUGGGUUUGUUUUCUUGGCACAGCAGAUGAUGUACGCAGCCGCUGAUUGGAUUAAAGGGAUUGUCGGUGGCGGCUUUUAUUCUGCCUUCAAUCAGCCAAUCAGUCACUGGCUUGGACGAGUUGGCAGCACAUCUGUAAACAACAUAGAUCACGUUGAUAACUAAACCGUACAUUUAUCAGAGAAGUAAAAACAAAUCCACAAAAAUCCAAAGUCACUCGGAGGAGAAAACCCAGAGAGGAUGAGGAAGGACGGGCAGUGGCUCAAACCCUGGCUCAGAGUAUUGAUUCAACUAUGGACAUCAGCCAGUUUUUGUUACUUCAUUAGGUAUGUGACAAGAGUUAAAUCAAAUGAAGCAGAUGGAAUAUAUUUAUGCAUGAAUCUAUUUCUAACCCAAAUCUUAAUGGACAGAAACCAAAUCUGCCACCAUCACAGUUCUCUUUAUGAAGGACAUUUUUCCAGAAUUUAUUUUUUGGCUGUUUUAGGCAGGUCAUCAUUUUCUAAUUUUACUCAUCAUAAUUAUUCAUCUUUAGUAUAAGGAACAAAUUUGUAGUAUCUAGUAGGAGUAUGAAGUUACUCAGUCUCCUCUGCAGGGGGCGAUAUAAUGUUUUUUUUUUUAUUCAAUCAUAUUUCAGCCUCAUGUGUUGCCAGGUAGAAAUAAAUCCGCCCUAAGGCCUAAAGAGUCUAGGAGCGACUAGCACCGCUGCCGACUGGUGUCGUACACGGAGGUCAGAGAAAAUGUCAAGGUUCGUGACUGAAGAAGGAAAAAAACCUUCACCACAGAUGGUUUCCUCCGACGGUUCCUGGAGCCCGACUGGUUCGAGGCUGAAUUUACAGCCGUGCUCCCGUCGUAUAUCUUCACAGCUACAUGUUUUAUAUUUCACUGAGGCUGUGGUUUCAUUAUUUACUGCUGUGUGUAAUAAAUCAACAUUAAUCUUUUCUGUCCAUUUCCAUUUCUCACUUCACUAAAUCAGGCUGCUUUUCCUGUUUAUUACAUAAAACUGCAGGAAAGAACUGACAAAAACUUAACAAUCUGAUGGGUUUUUUUUUUUAAAUCUGGUAGCUCUUUGUAGCACCGACUAACUGCU